AUGGCCAACUAUAUAGAUUAUGGAUUAUUAAAGCCUUUCUUGCGGUUACUUUCCCGGAAGCCCUUUAUGAAGUGGUUCUAUACUUUUUUCUUCCGCCUUGCUAUACAAUACAUUUCAGACUUAAACAUGUCGGCUAUAAUAAUAUUCUCGCCUCUGACUCUUACCAUCAUAUUUCGGUUCAUAGCCCAUCUACGUAGCAUCGGCUAUCUCUCUCAUUGGAUGUCUGAAGCCUUGUUAAACAUUCUCGAAGACAAAGUCUAUACUACAGCCCACCCGCCUCGUCAUUCGCCAAAUCCAGUCACUGAAGUGAAACGCGAGCAUGCUGAAAAGCACCUUUGUAAUUUGCUAUUUAUUCAAGAGAUGGGGACCCUCGCAAGACUGUUCGAGCCCUUGCUACCUUUCUCCUUGCCCUCUCUACCUGGCAUUCCAAAAGAGAAUACCAUCUUCAAGUACAAAUUUCACCUAACUAAUGUUCUUCUGAAGCAAACGCACUCCAUGCGUAUAUUCAAUCUUGCACUUGUCUUUUACGAUUAUGAUGUUCUGAAAGAAAUGUGGAAAGAUCUUGGAAGUUAA